AUGAUUGAAGGACAUCCUUCAGUACCUAAUGUUAGUAAUAGAGCUGCUGUGGGUAAUACACAAGGUCCUACAACAGGCAGAGAGCUUAAUAUGGCAACAGUAAUGAUGAUAUUUCAUUCUUCUGCUCACCAUUACAUGCUAAUAGGGAAUGGAUUAGGUGUAAAGGUGGCUGAUUUGAUAGGAAUGCAAGACAAUCUAAAUACCAAACUUCAUUUGGUAUUCAAGAGGUGGUUUGAUGCUGAUAAAGAUGUCAGUUGGGAUACAUUAAUACAACUGUGUGAUGAUUAUCCUGAUAUACUGGGCAUUGCAAAAUCUGAACUACUAAAAUAUAUAGGAUUGAUUCAAGAUACAUCAGUCAGUGAUGAUCCCUCACUAGCAUCUCAUUCAGCAAGUAGCUUCAGUACCAGUCCAGAUUCUUUUGUUAAAAGAGAACUAACUUUAAGUGAUCAUGGUACCAUUAUGGGACUGAUUGACAAAGAUAUAGCUUCAAAAUAUAAAAAAUUGGCUGUAGAAUUCUGUAUCCCUCAGGGUACAAUAAACACCAUAGCCUACAAUAACAGAAACAACUCAGCAUGGCAUGGACUAAAUGAUGUUGUUGCUGAUUGGCUGAGAGGAAAUACUGAAGUGUAUGAUGAAGGACGUAAAGCAAAUGUAAGGUGGCUGUAUGAUGCUGUAAGAGCAGUAAAUAAAACACUUGGAACAAAAAUUGCCAAAGAGUUUGUGAUUCCAGAGCAAAGUGAUCAGUCCACUCAAAAAGACAAAGGAGGUCUGGGUCAUUUGGCAACUAGUACUGGAAUAGAAGAGACUGAUUCAGAAAAACCACUUGAUAGCACAGAAGGAAGUAAAAGUGAUGAUCAAAAAGAGACAACAGUUGAUUUUGAAAAUCUCAAAAAAUCAGGUUAG